UACUGCGGUGUAGCCCCGCCCAUCCCACCGUCAACAACUGGAAUCCAGCUAUUUGUAUUUUCGUCUACUAGCCUCGCUACCUAGCCAACGAUGGUUCAUUGUGUUCAUAAAAAAAAGAGUUAACCCAUUUGGACGGACAUUAAUAAGUUCUGUUUGCUUGAAAGCCACUGCAUCUAGAGGUUGUGCUGAUGAACAGCUACUCCGAGUUAAAGGGCCGACGAGAGCGGAGAGAACGCCUUGCAUACCGUCCUUUAGCCGCUUCUGAAACAAGCUAACACAGCUAACACCCAGAGAUAACGUUAGCUGGUGGGCUGGCAGCUGGUCCGGUUAGCUACGUACCUUUGACUGUAACGUAGCACGGAUUUAGGCGAUGAAACGAUGAAUCGCCCCUGACAUUGAGAGGACUGAGGCCCAGUUGGUUAUCACAUUGGCGUAACCAGAGCCCAUAACUAGCAAGGUGGGUCUUGGUUGACUCUCCGGUGGUGCCAUUGAGAGAGGGUGGGUGUGCCGUUAGCCAACUUGCCGAUGUACCCCUGGAUUUGACCUGCUAAAGCUGCCAAUAUGAUGCCGAUGAUACUGACAGUGUACCUCAGUGAUGGGGAGCAGGCUGUGACUGAGGUACCCAUCACCCCUGAGACGACGUGUCGUGAUGUGGUCGAGUUCUGCAAAGAGCCUGGCGAGAGCGGCUGUCACCUGGCCGAAGUUUGGAGAGGCAACGAGCGAGCAAUCCCCUUUGAGCACAUGAUGUAUGAACACCUGCAGAAAUGGGGGCCUCGGAAACAAGAAGUCAAGUUCUUCCUCCGGCACGAAGAUUCACCAACAGAGAGCAGCGAUCAAGGGAGUCAGCAGUCCCAGGAGCAGACGAGUCGCAGAAGUGGAAGCACUGGAGAGAAGCACAACGAGAACGGGGUGGGGAAUCAGCGUGUGGAGCUCACACUGUCCGAGCUGCAGGAGAUGGCCACGCGGCAGCAGCAGCAAAUCGAAGCUCAGCAGCAGAUGCUCGUUGCAAAGGAGCAACGUUUGCGUUACCUGAAGCAGCAGGAGCGACGUCAGCAGCAAACCAUCUCAGAGAGCGAAAAGCUGCAGAGGCUGAAAGACCGUGUGGAGAGCCAGGAGGCAAAACUGAAGAAGAUCCGGGCAAUGAGAGGCCAGGUGGAUUACAGCAAGGUCAUCAAUGGGAACCUGUCGGCAGAGAUCGAGCAAGUUAGCAGCCUAUUCCAAGAGAAGCAGGCGGAGUUACAGGCAGCAGUGCUGAGGGUGGAGCAGCUCAGCCUUCAGCUGGAGGACCUUCGGCGGGGGAAGCUCAAUGGUGUACAGACUGCUCUCGGCGGUCAAGUCACUGGUGCUGCAGCUUUAGAGCUCCGCAAACUCUACCAGGAGCUUCAGAUUCGAAACAAGUUGAACCAAGAGCAAAACAGUAAACUGCAGCAACAGAAAGAGCUUCUCAACAAGCGCAACAUGGAAGUGACACUCAUGGACAAGCGCAUCAGCGAACUGCGGGAACGCCUCUACAAGAAAAAAGCUGAGGCACGUCAAAAAGAAAACCUUCCUCUCAACAGAGCCAAUGGUCCCCCCUCUCCACAGCCAGCCCCUGGGACUUUGGGUCGGGUAGCUGCCGUUGGGCCGUACAUUCAAGUCCCUGUACCCGGCCGACAAGAAGGGGGUUAUACUCUGCCACCUGAUCCACUGAAACCUCAGACUCUGGGUGUCAAUAACCAAGCCAACCAGGGCCGCACCAAGUCAGAUGGUGUGCGAAAGCCUCCCGGCCCUUGGAAGGUGUCUGAUUUAGACAUCGUUGUGGAUCCGGUACCCCCGUCCCUUCCAGAAACACACCCAGGCCCCGGAGCCUCCACUGGCUCUGAUGGCACAUCCCCUAAUGACACUGGUUGGCCUCCUGUAGGCAAGACCAGCACAACUCUGAAGCCACCUGAGAGAAGAGACUCAGGAACUGAUACCCAGGGCAAAAGCCCUCCCUCAGGCUCACCUGUUGCUCCCACUGGAGAAAAGGUGCUAGACUCCAAAAUAGCAGUCUCCUCCCCCGCCAUAUCCAAGCCACAGCCACCCCCUUACGGCUCCCACCUCACCUCCGCAAACUCAGCCAGCUCCUUGGAGCGCCGUAAAGAUGCACCCCCUCCUCCUCGCCCCCUCCCAAACCCACCAGCCCCUGCUUGGCCCCGUGUGCCGCCCUCCACGGGAUCAUCCUCCCAACAGAUUCAACAACGUAUCUCAGUGCCGCCAAGUCCCACUUUCCAGCCCAACGCACCUCUCUUCCCUCCUGGGCUGAGCGAGCGACUGGAUCCUCCACCAGCUGUGGCAGUACGGCCCUUUAUCGCAGACAGGGGGUCACGGCCUCAGUCACCUCGUAAGGGCCCGGCAACCAUGAACUCCAGCUCCAUCUAUCACAUGUACCUCCAGCAGGCAGCACCGAAGAGCCAGCCACCCAAGCCUACUCUGAAAGCAGUAUAUGGGAAGCCUGUCCUGCCGUCCAGCUCGACUCCCCCCUCGCCCUUACCUUUUGUCCAGGUCGGGGGGGCUUUCCCAUUUCUUCAAGGCCAUCCCAGUGGAGAGGAUGCCUUUGACGGUGAGUUGGACGAUCUUGAGUGCUUCCAGCAUCUGGAGCCCUCUGCGCCUCCUCCCAGUGUGGAAAACAUCCCACGCCCACUCAGUCCUACUAAGCUGACACCCAUGGUACACUCCCCUCUGCGCUACCAAAGUGACGCUGACCUAGAGGUGCUUCGUAAAAAACUGGCCAAUGCUCCGAGACCCCUCAAGAAGCGGAGCUCCAUCACAGAGCCUGAGGGCCCGAGUGGUCCUAACAUUCAGAAACUGCUCUACCAGAGGUUUAACACUCUAGCAGGCGGGAUAGAGGGGAAUGGAGUGAGUGGAUCAGGAGGUGGCAAUGGUGCAGGUAAUGGAACCCCGUUUUAUCAGCCAGCUAAUCCUCCUGGUUACCUGGGAGGGGAUGCUGUGGCAGAUACGGACAAUGGCAACCUCCCGUCUGAGACACCGCUUCCACCACCACCUGGGGUAGAAGAGCUUGGCUCUGAGACUCCACCAUCCUCUACUGAUGCAAAUGACAACCAGCCAUUGCCCUCGCCACCUGAAGGAAUCGUGGACCCAGCAGAAGCAGAGGGAGCUGAGGAAGACGACAAUAACAACAAUGUAGAAACCUCUGAAGCUUUGCUUCCCAGUCCCGUACCAGAGGUCAGCACACCAGAGGAGAGCGGCACAGCAGUCUUACAGUCUGUGGAGAAGCGCACAAACCUGAAAAAGCCCAACUCAGAGCGCACUGGCCAUGGCUUCAGGGUUAAAUUUAACCCUCUGGCCCUCUUGCUGGAUGCCUCGUUGGAGGGCGAGUUUGACCUCGUCCAAAGGAUCAUUUAUGAAGUGGAGAAUCCUAGCACUCCGAAUGAUGAGGGCAUCACACCCCUGCACAAUGCUGUGUGUGCAGGACAUCACCACAUAGUCAAGUUCCUGCUCGAUUUUGGAGUGAACGUCAAUGCAGCAGACAGUGAUGGAUGGACUCCUCUUCACUGUGCUGCAUCCUGCAACAGUGUUCAUCUCUGCAAGUUGUUGGUUGAAUCAGGGGCAGCCAUUUUUGCCAGCACCAUUAGUGAUGUGGAAACGGCUGCAGAUAAAUGCGAGGAAAUGGAGGAGGGCUACAUCCAGUGUUCACAGUUCCUUUACGGUGUCCAGGAGAAGCUGGGUGUCAUGAACAAAGGGACAGUGUACGCUCUGUGGGUGUACGAAGCUCAGAACCCAGACGAGCUGUCGUUCAGUGAGGGAGACGCCAUCACCAUUCUGCGACGGCAGGAUGACAGUGAAACCGAGUGGUGGUGGGCACGGCUUGAGGACAACGAGGGCUAUGUGCCCCGCAACCUGCUGGGGCUCUAUCCGAGGAUCAAACCUCGCCAGCGCUCACUGGCGUAGUAUCUCACUCCACUGACUUCUGGCUACCAGCUGGACUUGUGACAAAACCGAGAGCAGAGAACAAAGGAGCCUGGUGCUCUGUCUUCUCCCAGUGGCCAUAGCCUCCCCGGCCUUCUACUUCUCAACCCCCCCCCCCCCCCCCCCCCCCCCCCAAUCUCUGAAGCACUGGGCACCAAACUCUGAUGCACACAUUUACACUCGCACACACAGUGAAACAAAAAGCACUCCUGAUGUGGAAAUCUCUUAAACCACUCCAUCCUGAUUCCCCUGAUUGCUCUGUCAUUGUCCCGACUUGAUUUUACCCCAAUUCAGUGUCAGCUUUGUAUCAGACAUCAACAUGAAGACUGAGUAUUUCUUGGCAGUGUUACACCAUCUCCAUCCCCUAACAGCAGCAUUGGUUUACAUGAAACUACACUGAAAGUGGAACAUCAUAUUUGAGGGUGAGAAUCUGCCUAUUUUACCAGUGUCAUUUGAAUUUUUAUGUUAAAGAACACUAAGUGAUUUAAGGGUAAUUUGAUCUUCUGCCAUGAAUUAUUCCCGUUGUCUAACCACCAAAGAUAAAAGCAGAUGUAACUAUUAAAGGUGAAAAUUAAUCUAGACAAAGAGUAGAAAAUGGUUAUAGGAAGAGAACAAAGAAUUAUUUUGAUCUUUAGUAUUAAUUACACCUUCCAGUCUGAACCAAACCUAAUGUAAAACCUCCUUGGUUCCCUCCAGUUAAACUAGUAAAAAUAAAUCUAGAUCCAAAGAUCACAAUUCACCUUUCACACAUUUAAUAAAUACAAUUGCAAGGUUUGUUCAGUGUCAUCUGUUCAGAACGUACAGUUUGUAAGGACAAGUAUUGUGGGUGUGUAGCAAAGAUGAUAAUAAACUGUAACUACCACUAAUUUUAAAUGAGGGUUUGUACCAUUAUCCUUUUUUGUGUGACAUGAUUUAUGUGUUAAGCUUUGUUGAAAUCCUACUUGAAUGAGAAAUCUGAAUAGUCCUGUGGAGUCCAUAUUUUGAGAGAUCUGACUACCCCUGUCUCAUUCAUGGAAAUCACAAACCAAGAGUAUUUUGAUUCACCAAAUAAGUCUGCCAAAUGGUUAGAAGUUGUUUCUGUACAGUAUCUAUGGAGAAAUAUAAAAGAUCUUGUACUUAAAGAAUCAGAGGGAUAACAUUUGGAAAAUAAAGUUGAUUUCCAUUUUUCAAGAGGCAAAAUUGUAUCUUUUGUCCACAAAGUUUUAUGUUGUAUUUGGAGUAGGUUUCUCUGUUUUCUUAAAGCUCCUGGUAUUUACAGUUUUGGUUUUAAUUAGUUCCUGCAUUACGAAUAAGUUGGACCUCACUUCAAUAUCCAUAGUUGAACUGAAUUACUCAACAAGAUGGAAAGGAGAUGCAGAAGCGUUAUCUCUGCAUGAAAGGAAAAGUAGCAAAUAUUAAAUGAAAUCCAGACUCUGCACUUUGACAAAAUCCUGUAAUCAUCAACCAAAGCCAUCUUAUGAAGUCUGUUUACCCACCAGACAAAGUUAUCAGUCAGUUGUAAUGACCUCCAUAUUUGCAAAAUCACAAACUCCUUUUAUAUCCCGACUGUAACGUCACCGUUAUGAUUUUGUUAGGGCUGUUGCAGUCUCCACUUGAAACACUUAAUCUCAGGACCAACAUGGUGCUGCUGACACUGUUCCACCACUAAACUAGUGAUCAUAUUUCUAUUUUUGCUCUGUAUAGACAUCACAUUCAUUUGGGUGGUGAACCUAACACGAGUGCAGCCGAGAUUUAAAACACUAUCACUUAUGGGCAUGAGUUAUUGACAGAAGAAGCGACAGUUAUCGUGUCUGAAAUGGAAAACUUAAGCCUUGGCCUCAGACAAUCCUGAAUAUGCCCUCUAUUUGCUUCUGUAGCUGCCCCCCCUCCCCCCCCUCCCUUUUUUUUCAGGUAUACACCACACCAGUAACACUAAUACAUGUGUUAUCUAUCACAUUACUGAACAUCUGGAGUCCAUCAACUUGUUCUGAACCUUGAGUGAAUGAGUAUUAUGCCAAGUGGCCCAGGCUUUACCAUGGCUUAAAACUGUACAUAGUGUGAAGAGAUGUGUUCUAUGUCUGUUUGCUGUAUGGACAAGUGGGCUUUCUGUAUAAAAAUGCUGUACUCACACAUUAAAUUCUGUAAAUGGUGAAAAAUAAAACAGAAGCUCUGGCAUGACCAAUGUUA